AUGUCUAGCUCUUUAGAGGAACGUUUGCGGGCAAAUUCGAACGCUUUUGAGGGACUGCUUGCGCUGAUUCCAGCUAAAUACUACUACGAUGAGGAUACGCAAGAGCAAUGGAAGGCCAAAAAGAAGAGCAAGUCGCAGGCCAAAGAUGAUAAGCAGAAGAAACUGGACCCUGACCAAAUGGACCAGGGGAAUAUGAGUACUUUAGAGGUGAUGAAGCAGAGGGAGAGCAUUUCGAAGCCUGUGGUGCUGCCCGGUGAGAAGCUCAAUCUGCUCAAGAGGCAGGAGCAGAAAAUAAGAGGAGAGGAAGUGGAGGAACCUUCACAGGAGGAACACGAUGAAGAGCCUGUGGAAGAAGAAGAAAAAGAGGACGAAACUGUCGAUAUGGAGCAGGAUGCACAGUUGAGUGUUUUCUUUGAUGAUGAAGGUAAUGAAGUUGCGAACUCUGACGACAAAGUGCCAGCUGAAGGGCAGGGGGACAAGACGCUUGAGAAGCAGGAAAAGAGAAAGAAUAUAGAUGCGCUGAGAUCAAAACUGCAGGCCAAGAUCCAGGACCUGAAGGAAAAGAGGAAGGCUCCUGGUUCAAGAGUCAAGGGUGCACCGAGUUCGCGAGAGGCUAUCCUAGCUGAGAGGAAGCGUAAAAUAGAAAUGAAAAAAGCACUUCAACCACAAAAGGCUGAAGCCAACGAGAGUGACAACAGUGAUUCCGACAUAGAUGAUGGAAGUGAUAAUGAAAAUUCAGACCAACAGAGAAAGAAAAGGAAGCUUUCAAAAGAUGAAGAUGAAGAUUUAGCAGCAGGUGUCAUGUUCCAAAAUAUUACAUUCGAUGACGGCAAUAGGUUAACGUCAGAUUUACAAUCUUUAAGAAAGGGUUUGAAAAAGAAAGGUCCCGCCAAGAAUGAUAUCAAAGCUCACUUGAAAGUAGUUGAAGCAAAGAGAAAUAAAAUGGAAUCUAAGGACGAAUUGGACCAAAUCAAAAUUAAAGAGAAGGAAAAAUGGCAGAGAGCUAUGCUGCAGGCUGAAGGCGUUAAAAUCAAAGAUAAUGAAAAACUUCUACGGAAGGCGCUGAAAAGAAAGGAGGCAAAGAAAAGGAAAUCUUCCAUUGAUUGGAAAGAACGUCAAAGGAUAGUCGCCGAUACAAAAUCCGAGAAACAGAAGAGAAGAGAAGAGAACUUACAGAUCAGGAAAGAUAAUAAAGGAGUGAAAAGAUCAAAACAACAGAAGAUGAAACGCAAAUUCAAUGGCUCGAUGGUAGCAAAGAAAAGCAGAGCGGGUUUCGAAGGUCGCUUGAAAACUGGUAAAAAGAAAUAG